CUGGACGAGCGCGAGCCAGACAGUGUUCGUGGUGGAGCAGCCGCCGAGCCGUGAGCCCCCCCUCCUCCUCUCAGGACUCUGGGGACGGGUGGGACAGCCCCAAGCCCCGCUCGCAGGACUCUCCUCUGUGGGGCAUGAAGACGGGUCGUGGUUCUGGAUUUCCGGGUCGUAGGAGGUCCAGAGGAGGAGGCAUCGGCUCCAGAGGAGGAAGAGGCCGGAGUCGACUCAAGACCCAGGACAGCCUCAGUGUGUCCCCCGGAGGCGGCUUCAUGGAGUCGUUCCAGAGAGACGAGGAGGAGAACUCCAUGCACAACACCGUGGUCAUGUUCUCCACCUCGGACCACUUCACCCUCAAACAGGACAUGUGUGUGGUGUGCGGGAGCUUCGGACAGGGAGAGGAGGGCCGACUGCUCGCCUGCGCUCAGUGUGGACAGUGUUACCACCCGUACUGCGUCAACGUCAAGAUAACCCGUGUGAUCCUGACCAAAGGGUGGCGCUGUCUGGAGUGUACGGUGUGCGAGGCGUGUGGCGAGGCGAGCGACCCCGGGCGCCUCCUGCUCUGUGACGACUGUGACAUCAGCUACCACACGUACUGCCUGGACCCGCCGCUCCACAACGUGCCCAAGGGCGCCUGGAAGUGCAAGUGGUGUGUGUGGUGCGUCCAGUGCGGCUCGACGUCUCCCGGGCUUCACUGUGACUGGAUGAAUAACUACAGUCUGUGUGGGCCCUGCUCCAGCCUGAGCCGCUGCCCCCUGUGCCAGCGCACCUACGCCCAGGACGAGCUCAUCCUGCAGUGCCAGCAGUGCGACAGGUGGGUGCACGCUCUGUGUCACGGCCUGAUGUCGGAGGAGGAGGUGGAGUCCACGUCCGACGAGGGCUUCGACUGUUCCCUCUGUAAGAACCACGGCAGAGGCACGUACGCUCGGUCGGACAGCUUCGACUCUCCGUACAUGGCUCAGAUCAUCUCCAGGUUCAGAGAGCCAGAGUUGAAGACCUACACUCAAGAUGGAGUCUGUCUCACUGAGUCGGGUCUGUCCCACCUCCAGGCUCUGGUGGAGCCUCUGACCUCCCCACGCCGCUACCGCAGGAACAAGCCCAAACUGAAGCUGCGGAUCAUCAACCAGAACAGUGUUUCUGUGCUGCAGACGCCAGAGCCUGAGACGCCCACGGAGCAGGAGCCCCCUAGAGCAGAUCUGGACUGUGAGAUGAAGUCUGACUCGAGUCCGGAGCGAGAGCCUCAUCACGAAGACUACGGUCCCAAAGAGACGGAGACGGCCGACGGAAAGAAGCGCAAGAGGAAACCCUACAGACCCGGUAUCGGGGGUUUUAUGGUUCGGCAGCGCGGAGGAAAAGGUCCGAGUCGAAUCAAACUGUGCCGCAGCGACUCCACAGACACGUAUCCAGGACGAGACGACGACGCAGACGCCAUGGACACUUCAGCCGAUCACUCCAUGGAAAAAGUGAAGAAGAGAUACAGGAAGAAGAGGACCAAGCUGGAGGAGACGUUUCCUUCAUAUUUACAGGAGGCCUUUUUCGGUCGUGAUCUUCUGGACCGCAGCCGUUUGAUUGACAGGAGGCCGGGGCAAGAGGCUCCAGGUCUCAGCCAAUCAGGACCCAGCCCUGCCUCGGGCCCAAUGAAAGGCCCCGCCCCUGCGCCGCACGGCCACGCCCCCCAGAAGCACGGACCCCUGCCCAUUUCAGAGGAGGCGCUGGUGGAUCUGUCUGAUGUUCUCAACACGGACCCUCACAUUUUGGCCACAGGACAAACAGGUCAGUUCCAGGGCGAGCGUUCUCCGUCUCCGUUCGCCGGGCUGGACAUCGGCCCCAUGGACUCGGGCCGGACUCAGCGCUCGGUGCAGGAGGAGCCUCUCGACGCCAUCCUCAGCCCCGAACUCGACAAAAUGGUGUCUGACGGUGCGAUUCUGAGUAAACUCUACAAAAUCCCAGAGCUCGAAGGUAAAGACGUAGAAGAUCUGUUCACUGCUGUCCUCAGUCCAAACCGCAACAGCCAAUCAGAACCUCAGGCCAGCAGCAAGCCCCACCCCCCUGCCCCAGGUGGACAGUUCCCGCGCCUCCCGCUGGUCAACGGUCUGAUGGGCACCUCCUCUCACUUCCCCGCGUCUCCCAUGAUGCCUCUGGGCCCGCAGGCCACGCCCCGCUUCAGGGUGGCCCCGCCCCCUCACUCGGGCUCCGCCGCGCCCCUCCCCGGCCCCGCCCACUCCCUCACGCCGUCCAAUCAGGCGCAGUCUCCCGCGGACGACCAGGACGUGCUGUCGACGGCGCAGAGGGGGAUGCUGAAGUGGGAGAAGGAGGAGCCUCUGGGAGAACAGGCCACAGUCGCACCUGUGCUCUACUGCAACAUCAAGUUCCCCCAACUCAAAGAACAGUAUCCAGACUGGCCGUCGAGGAUGAAACAGAUCGCCAAACUGUGGAGGAAGGCGAGCUCCCAGGACCGCGCUCCGUUUGUGCAAAAAGCGCGAGACAACCGCGCCGCUCAGAGAAUCAAUAAAGUGCAGCUGCCUCCCGACCCGCUGAAACGCCUCGCCCCGCCGCCGCAGAUGAACUACGACCCCGUUUCCAUGGAGACGGACGCCAUGUUCAAGGACCCGCUAAGGCCCAAGGAGACGGAGCAGGAGCAGGAGUGGAAGAUGCGGCAGCAAAUGCGUCAGAAGAGUAAACAGCUGGCCAAGAUGGAGGCCACUCAGAAACUGGAGCAGGUGAAGAACGAGCAGCUCCUGCAGCAGCGACAGCAGCAGAUCCUGACCAAUCAGAGGCUGUGCGGCGGCGUUUCCCCGGAUACCGGCAGCCGCAGCCCCAUGGCGUCCAAUCAGCAGCUGGGGGGGAGCGGCGGCGCGUCGGGAUUGGCGGAUGACGUGUUCCUGCGCCCUCAGGCCCCGCCUCUCUCCGGCUUCUCUCCCUCCUCUCCGCAGAUGUUCUCCCCGCCCUCCUCGCGACCCUCGUCGCCGUGGGACCCCUACGGCAAAAUGGUGGGCACGCCGCGGCCGCCCAGCGCUCCGCAGCCUCCCCUACAGGCGCGGAGGAACUCUCUGAGCGCCUCCCCGGCCCACGAUGCACUGGGGUCGCCCGCGCCCUCUCCGGACGCCAAAGCAGCUGAGAUGUUCAGGAGCAUGGCCCCGCAACAAACUCUGCAGCAGCCUCGUCCUGGGAUGCUCAGUCCUUCUGGGGUGGACCACUCUCGUCUGUCGUACCAUCGGCCCGUGUUCAAGGCGCCCAUGCCCCCGCACCAGCCCAUGCCCCCGCACCAGCCCAUGCCCCCGCACCAGCCCCAUGCCCCCGCACCAGCCCAUGCCCCCGCACCAGCAGAUGCCCCCUCACCAGCAGAUGCCCCCUCACCAGCAGAUGCCCCCUCACCAGCCGGACUUCUCUGCGGCGCGGCGGACCCGUCUCGUCCCACAGACCUGGGCUUCCCUCUGAACCAGGACUUCCCCUCCAGCCCUCUGUCCGGUCUGGGCUCGCCUCACCGCAGCCCUUACUCCCAGGCCCCCGGCACCCCCAGACCCGACUACACCCAGCAGGCCGGGGAAGCUCUCAGCCACCAGUCCCCCCUGACCUCCAGACCCUCUCCGGACCCUUACUCCAACCCGCAGACGCCCGGCACCCCGCGCUUCCCCCGCUCCCCCGUGGGCACCCCCAGGCCCUCUCCCGAAGCCUACACCCAGGGCACAGACUCUUUCUCUGGGCAGGGACCCGCCGCGUCCGGAUCCUCUCCCAGAGCCCCAGGACUGAGCGCAGAUGCAGCUGGAUUCCCCCCACAUCACCAGCGUUCUCCGGGUCGACCCCAGCCUCAGCAGCACACCCCAAAGCAUGCUGGGAUAUCAGAGGAGGGUCACACUCCGGGCCACGACCCCUUCGAGCAGAGUCACGGGUCCGCGGGCCCCCAGAACGACAAGCUGCUCUCGUCCAACGAGCUGUCAGCACUGGGAGCCGACGGGCCGAUGAGCAUGAUGCCUCAGAUCGGAGACUCGGAGGACAAACUGAGACAGGUGACAGAGAUGCGUCAGCGUCUGCGGCAGCUCAUCCUCCGACAGCAGCAGCAGAAGAGCGCUCUGCGACAGGAGAAAGGCCUGCAGGAGGCGGGGCCGGGACCCGCCGCGGCCGCCCCGGGGCAGAGCGCCGCGCCAACGCCGACACCGCCCCUCGCGCCCACGCAGGCCCCUCCCGCCCCGGCUCAUUUACCUCAAACUCAGACGGCUCCCGGACACGCCCCCUCUGCGCCUAGCCCCGCCCCCUCGGUCCGUCAUUGGCCACAGGAGGAGCCCGACCCGUUCGGACGGCCCCCGCCGCCGUAUCCUGGGCAGAUGAGGCCUGUGGCUCCGCCCACUCUCAGGCUCCACCCCGAACAGCAGCUGCGGGGUUUCCCGCCCGGAGAGGCAGGGGCCUUCCCCCGACAGAUGCUCAUCAGAGGACCCCUCAGGUUCGCGGUUCCUCCAGGAGCUCCAGGGCUUCAGGACUCCUUCAUGCGCCCGGCCCAGGGCCCGGUGCCUGGUGCCCCAGAGGGCCCUGUGCCCAUCCGCAGACCCACAGACUUCACCGGGAUCAGACCCCCGCACCCGCACAUGAUGCCAGGAGUGCCUCAGCCGCCCUUCCUCCCGCGCUCGGUCCCGGUCCAGCCCCACCCGUCCCACAGCAUCAUGGGUCAGCCGUACAUCGAGCUCCGGCACCGGGCGCCCGAGCACCGCCUCCGCCUGCCGUUCCCCGUCCCCGAGCAGGAAGCCCCGCCCCCUCGUCAGCAGCAGCAGCAGCCCAUCGGGAUGGCGGCUAACGUGGAGCUGGCGGGCGGCGAGUCGAUGGAGGAGCACCUGGAGGGAGAAGACUCGGCCGUGAAAGACCUGGAGGAUGUGGAAGUGAAGGACCUGGUGGACCUCAACCUCAACUUAGACCCAGAAGACGGUAAAGAGGACUUGGAUCUUGCCGCUAACGACCUGCACUUGGACGACUUCCUGGUGACUGGCCAGUUUGACCUGAUCGCUUACGCCGACCCGGAGAUGAACCUCGACAACGCCGACCUCGACCUGGACCCCGUGGACCAGGAGCGAGACAGGAAGUCCGGGGAGCACUCCGGCCAAUCGGCCGCCUCCAAUCAGAUCAAACAGGAAGUGAAGCCUGAAGGGAGGGAGUCUGGGAGCGCGCUGCAGAAUCAGGCGUCUCACACUGGGCACAUGGUCCCUGUGAGACUCCCCGCACCUGGAGCUCCAGCAGUGACCACAGUCGGACUCAAGACCGAGGCUCCACCUGCUCAGAGUCAAGCUCCGCCUGCUUCCAUGGCAACAGCUCCUCAGCGUGUUUUCCAGCAGAGGGCGCUGGGGCCUUCCUCUCUGGCUCCUCCUCAGAGUCUCCAUCCUCGUGUGGUUCUGAACCCUCAAAUCCAGUCUCAAAACCAGGGCCCGGUCCAGACCCAGGCCCAGUCCAAGGGCCAGGGGGACCCCCAGGACCCCUCCAAAACCCGACCUCUGCUCCUGGAGGAACAGCCCCUCCUCCUCCAGGACCUUCUGGACCAGGAGAGGCAAGAGCAGCAGCAGCAGAAGCAGAUGCAGGCGCUGAUCAGGGAGAAGGCCGGCACCGAGCAGCCGUUUACCAACAUGGACUUCGACUCCAUCUCGGACCCGAUCAUGAAGGCCAAAAUCUUGGCUCUGAAGGGGAUCAAUAAGUUCAUGUCCCAGGGUCCUCUGGGGCUGAACUCCAUGGUGCGACUCCAGCAGCAGCCCGCGGCUCCCGGCGCCGCUCAGGAGGGGGCGCCACCUGCUCCUCUGCCAGCCUCACAGGACGGAGUGUUGAACCCUCCCAUGGUGCGGCCAACUCCCCCAAACUUCGGACCAGGUUUUGUCAACGAGGGGCAGCGGCGUCAGUACGAGGAGUGGUUGGGAGAGACGCAGAGGCUGCUCCAGAUGCAACAGCGCCUCCUGGAGGAUCAGAUCGCCGCACACCGUAAAACCAAGAAGGCUCUGUCGGCCAAACAGAGAACGGCGAAGAAGGCGGGGCGCCCGUUUGCCGAGGAGGACGCCGCCCAACUGCGAUACGUGACCGAACAGCAGGGGGCGGUGCAGAAGCAGCUGGAGCAGAUUCGAAAGCAGCAGAAGGAUCACUCUGAGCUCAUCGAGGAUUACAGAUCCAAGCUCCAGCCACGGGCGCUGCAGCCUCCCCCGGGAGCCCCCCUGAUGCCGCCCGCUCCCCCCGGGGCCCUGGUCCCUCCUGGAGCUCCCCCCGGGGCCCUGGUCCCUCCUGGAGCUCCCCCCGGGGCCCUGGUCCCUCCUGGAGCUCUCCCCGGGGCCCUGGUCCCUCCUGGAGCUCUCCCCGGGGCCCUGGUCCCUCCUGGAGCUCCCCCCGGGGCCCUGGUCCCUCCUGGAGCUCCCCCCGGGGCCCUGGUCCCUACUGGAGCUCCAGUCGGGCCCUUGGUUCCUCCUGGGGCUCCGGUCGGACCCGGGCUGAUGCAACAUCCUCCUCGCGUCCCUGGUUUGGGGCCCGGAGCUCCGGGAUGGGCCCCGGCGCAGGGCAUGGGCCCUGGGGUGAUGGCCCAAAGGAUGCCCCCUCACAUCCCUCCACAGAUGGGCCCCCAGCCUCCAGCCCAGAGACCAGCGUUCAACACGAGCUCCAACGGCUCCACAGACGCCCCCACUCCUCAUGUGAAGUUUGACGACAACAAUCCGUUCAGUGAAGGUUUCCAGGAGCGAGAGCGACGUGAGCGUCUGAGAGAACAGCAGGAGAGACAAAGAGUCCAGCUCAUGCACGAGGUGGAGAGGCACUGCGCUCGGCAGCAGAGGAUAGAGCUGGAGCAGCAGAGCAUGCUGGGAGGUGUCCCGAGGCCCCCCCUGCUCCCCUCUAACCCCCCCUCAGACGGUCUGUCUCAGAUGUCCUUCUUCAGCUCAGAACUGCCCCAGGACUUCCUCCAGUCGCCCCCCUCCCGCCCUCCCGCCCCUCACCCGCAGACCCCCCACCACCCGGGCUUCCCCGGCGCGCAGCUCCACCCCCACCACCAGAUGGAGCUGCAGAGCCGCGCCCGACACCCGGGGCCCGGAGGCGCUCCCACCCAGGGGAUGGGUCCGGGGGGGAUGCCCGGAGCUCAGCGCUUCGGCCACGACUCGUCGUCUUCCUCGCCGUCGACGCCGCGAGGCCCCGCCCCCGUGCACCAGCUCUACUCCGACAUUCUGCCCGACGACAAGAACAAGAGCCGCAAGAAAGGAGAGGGAGGGGACAGGACGCCGCUCUCGUCGCACUCUGAUGACAUCACGGCCCCUCCCACUCCUGCGCACUCUGACACGGCAUGCUCCACCCCCACCAGACCCGCCGCCGACCAAUCAGAGCACUUCUCUCUGGCUCCGUCCUCAGAGCUGGAGAGGCAGCUGUCGGUCACUCCCGCGGCCGAGGACAGAGGCUCCAUCCCGGGGAGGGACUCGCUCAGAGGGCCCCUGUCCGCCGGAGCCCGUCUGGAGGUGAAGGAGGAGCGCGUGGAGGGCGGAGCCUGUUCAGGAGGAGUAAAGAUGGAGGACACGGACGCAGGAGACAGUGGGAAAGAACUACUGCGCCACUUACUCAAGGAGAAGUCCCCCUCGGCCACGCCGCCCCCCUCUGCUCCACACGGGGGCGCCGUCCGGCAGAUGUCUGUCGACAGCGUGAGGUCCGAGGAAGAGGAGGGAUACCUCAACAACUCUGGGCGUGUGGACAGUCCUGGGGGGGACCUGGAUAAAAAAGCUCGGUUUAAGAGACUGAAUCGUCCAGAGAAAGAAAAACCUCAAACCAAAUACAAACGGCGGAAACGAGACGAGGAGGACGUGAUCCACGCCAACUCCACAGGGACGGACCCCAUCAUAACUCACCUGCGCCAGCUGUCUGUUCUUCCGCUGAUGGAGCCGGUGCUCAGGGUGGACCUCUCUCUCUUCCCCCCGUACGGCAGCUCUUCUCUGGGCUCAGACUCCAGACUCUCGGGCUCUUUUGGAAACGCCUGUUUGGACGGAGUCACGGACUAUUACUCACAGCUCAUCUACAAGCAGAAUAACCUGAGUAACCCGCCCACGCCGCCGGCCUCGCUGCCCCCGACUCCGCCCCCUGUGGCGAGACAGAAACUCGUCAACGGCUUCGCCACGACGGAAGAACUGACCCGGAAGGAGCUGAGUGAACAGGAGGUGAAACAGAAGGGGGAGGAGCUUCUGAGUCUGAACCACGCCUCCAAAACGGUGGAUGUCCCCGCCUCCCUGCCCACGCCGCCGCACAACAACCAGGAGGAGAUCCGGGUGCAGUUUCUGUCGGAGAGUCUGAGUCCAGAGGAGUACGUCCCGUCUUCGUCUCCGGAGAGCGUCGCCGACGCAGAGAUCAGCCGAUACCCGGAUCUGUCCUUCGUCAAACUGGAGCCGCCCUCGCCCUGCCCCUCGCCUACGAUUCCCAUCAUGCCCUGCGCCUGGGGCAAAGGCUCAGCGAUGAAACAGGAAGUGAAGUCAGAGCCGAACCUCCAGGCCCCGCCUUCCUGCUCCAACACCGACCUCGUCACCAUCUCCGUCACGCUCAACCCUCUGGCAGCUCAGAACGUUCCCGGGGUGAUGGCUGCGGUGGCUCAGUUGCUGCGUCUUCCUGUUCCUCUGGAUUAUCAGCUGCACAGAACCGGACCAGAGCGCAGCAACCUGGCCCUGCUCGCCGGGGUCAGGGUGCCCAUGAUGCAGGGGGCAGGUAUCAGAGCUCAUCGUCCUCCGGCUCCUGUGAACAGCGUGAGGAUGGAGUUGAACCCUCAGCCUCCUCCUCGGCCUCAGAGCUGCGGCUUCUGCAAGGUGCCUCUGGGAAACGGAGUCCGCGUGUUCAAACAGGAGGGACAAACCAGACCUCCAGGGGGCGCUCUCCUCUUCUGCUCCAGCUCCUGCUCUGCUCAGUACACGGCCCAUCCACAGACCAACACGACCAACAAGCUGGCGUCUCCUCCUCUGAGUAAAUCGCAGCACCAUUACACAAACAACAUGUCUUCCAUCGCGGUUCACACUCUGCCCCUGAGACCGCCCUCCUCUGGCUCCGUCCCCUCGCCGCCGCUCGCCUUUCCCCCCGCCUCCGCCAUCACCAUGGAGACGCGCCGCCCGGACAGCCUUAAGGUGAAGGUUAAACUGAAGCCCAGACCCAGAGCUGUUCCUGGGGGAGAAGAACCGAGACACGCCAAGAGAUCCAAGAGCUGCAGGUGGAGACGCUGGAGCGUGAGCAUCACCCUGAGCAGAGGGCCGUGCGUGCCCCCGGAGCCGCUGACGGACGACGACAUCCAGACUCUGGGCUCGUGUCUUCGUGGAGACCCGACGCCCAAAGAUCUGCGCCGCUGCUGCUUCUGCCAACAGCACGGAGACGGAGUGACCGACGGACCCGCGCGCCUGCUCAACCUCGACCUGGAUCUAUGGGUGCAUCUGAACUGUGCGCUCUGGUCCAGUGAGGUGUACGAGACUCAGGCUGGAGCUCUGAUCAACGUGGAGCUGGCGCUGAGGAGAGGCCUGACCCUGCGCUGUGCCCACUGCCAACAGACCGGAGCCACGAGCGGCUGCAACCGCCUCCGCUGCACCAACACCUACCACUUCACCUGCGCCAUCCAGGCCCAGUGCACAUUCUUCAAGGAUAAGACGAUGCUGUGUCACCUGCAUAAGCCGCGCUCGCUCGCCCUCAGCCCGUCCUCCUCGCCGUACGACCCCGCCGUGACCUCCGACCCGUACGACUCGGAGCUGCGGUGCUUCGCCGUGUUUCGGCGCGUGUACGUGCAGCGAGACGAGGCGCGGCAGAUCGCCGCCGUGGUGCAGCGCGGCGAGCGCCAGCACACCUUCAGAGUGGGCAGCCUCCUGUUCAGAGCCGUGGGACGUCUCCUGCCCUCGCAGCUCCACGCCUUCCACAGCAACAGCGCCAUCUACCCCGUGGGUUACCACGCCAACCGCCUCUACUGGAGCAUGAGGCACAGACACAGGAGGUGUAAGUACAUGUGUUACAUCGAAGAGAAAGACUCUCAGCCGCUUUUUAAAAUCAAAGUGGUGGAAAAGGGACACGAAGACCUGGUCCUGACGGGCUCCUCCCCCAAAGCCGUGUGGGAGCAGGUGCUGGAGCCCAUCGCUCAGAUGAGAGCGUCCAGUGGAAGCCUCAAACUGUUUCCUGUUUAUCUGAAGGGGGAGGAGCUCUUCGGCCUGACCACGUCUGCGGUCACUCGCAUCAUCGAAUCGCUGCCCGGGGUCGAGGCCUGUGAGCAAUACACCUUCAGAUUUGGGAAGAACCCUCUGAUGGAGUGGCCCCUCGCCUUCAACCCGACCGGCUCUGCCCGCUCCGAACCCAAGGCAUUGCAGGCCAAAAGGCCGACGUUCCUGACCAGCGUGGCGCCGCGGUGCCAGGGCUCGGUGGGCUCCAUCGUGGGUCUGGUCCCCGGGGUUCUGUCCCUGUCCCCGGGCGAGUCCGUGUCCAGCGGCCACCAGGGACGUCACUCCAAGUCUGCCCAGUACAGACGCAUGAAAGCCGAGUGGAAGAGCAACGUGUACCUGGCCCGUUCACGCAUCCAGGGUCUGGGUCUGUACGCGGCGCGGGACAUCGAGAAAUGCACCAUGGUGAUCGAGUACAUCGGGACGAUCAUCAGGAGCGAAGUGGCAAACCGCAAAGAACGACUCUACGAGUCCCAGAAUCGUGGAGUUUACAUGUUUCGCAUCGACAACGACUACGUGAUCGACGCCACCAUCACCGGAGGACCUGCCAGGUACAUAAACCACUCUUGUUCUCCAAACUGCAUCACUGAGGUCGUGAGCAUCGAGAAAGAAAACAAGAUCAUCAUCAGCUCCUGUCGACGCAUCCAGAGAGGAGAAGAGUUGAGCUACGAUUACAAGUUCGACUUCGAGGACGACCAACACAAGAUCCCGUGUCACUGUGGAGCCGUGAACUGCCGGAAGUGGAUGAACUGAAGCGACUCCGACACGACUCCGACACGACUCCGACACGGCCGCCGACGCACACAUCUGUACGCAACGCGGCCGCCGACGCAUAUCUGAACGUAACACGGCCGCCAACGCACACAUCCGUACGCGACGCGGCCGCGGACACACGCACACACACGCACACACACACACACACACAUAUCUGUACGCAGCUGUGUCCAAACAGAUUUAAGAGAUUCAGAGUAAUAAUAUUCUAAAGUCAUAUGAGGGGGGCGGGGUCAGGGGUGAUUGACAGCUCGGUGGGCGGGCUUUAAGAGGCUGGUCCUCUGUGUAAAAUGUGUAAAAAGCCGCAGAUGUAAAGUAAGAGGAGGAGGAGCCGCACUCGACAUAACGCGAACGGUGCGUCUUUCCAGCUCCUCCCACGUCGCUAAUCUGUAAAAUAAGACGCGUUUUUGGUUUUUUGUUUUGUAUUUAUUAAUGAAGAUAUUUUCUAAGAAUCGUGAAGGGUCUGGAGCCUUGUAAAUACGUGUACAAUACAAAUGAAAGACUUACUGAUUAUGCUCACCCCCACCGGCCAAUCAGAGGACAGAUCCACCCACUGUACGUUGUCCCGCCCGGCGACGCGGCUCUGAUUGGACAGAGUUUGUCUGCAGGAGCGUUGCCGUGGCGAUUGUUUAUUUCAGUUUUUUUGUUGUGAUGUCGAGUCUCUGUAAAUAGGACGUUUCCUCCAGACUCGGCGCGAUGUACAGUUCAACAUGAAGCCUUCGUUUUUUUUAUUCUCAGAGUGUGACUAUGACCAUGUUUUUGUUUUGGGGAAUAAUGGAUCUGAUUUAGAAUCAUUUACAGAAAAUAAACUAUUUUACAUCCUGAA